AAUCAGUAAACCUGUAUGUUUAAAAAUAAAAAUGACGUUCUAUUUCCGUAAGUUAUGCUGUACUUAUUGCGUUGCAUAAGAAAAUAUAUUUAAAAACACGUAGCUAGAAAUGAAAAUAAUAAACUUCGUCCGCGAUUCACCCCAGAAAGGCAAUCAAGUAUCUUGCAGUAAUCCUUACAUCAGAGAAAAAAAGUUAUCGUGAAAUUCAGCUAUUAGUUUGUGCAAGCUUUAAGUUUAAUGUUUGUCUGCUCAAAAGGAAAUGCGUACAUUCUGUGGAUAGCAUAACUUCGGAUUCCCUCCAAGUCAUUUUCGUAGGAAGGAUAUAGACAAUAGAGACCAAACUAAUCACCAGCAACCGACUGAUCUCAGACAAUAGACGUAAAGAAGAGCAUCAACGAAUAUUUCACGGUUCACAUUAGUACAUUAUAACCAGAUACAAUGUCUUCUACGAAGGCUAUGUUCCUUUCAAAUACUGGGACAGUUGACACAUCUGUUGGUGACUGCAUUUUGAACAUACUUCCACCUGAGUUUUGGGAUUAUUUUAUGAAUAAUAUGCCAGGAGGUUGUGAUACUGGUUUGAAGAUAUAUACAAUGCUUACCAAUAAAGGUGAAAUUCUGAAGAUGUUAGGUGAACCUACUCAGAAGUAUGCAUAUGAUUACGUGAAACGUCUGCACUUUCUUCUUUCAAAUUUGAAUGACAUAUCAAUUGAGGAAACACCUGGUAUUUGGAACUGUUAUGCUGACAGACUGAAAAAAAAGUUACGCAACUAUUGUUCAGUGACACAAUUGUAUCACAUGUUUUGCUGCUGGAUUUACGACAAAACAAAAUUCCAAAGGUUUCUUCGAUGGGCAUGUGAUGCCGAGAUUAGCAAUGCUGGUUUUUCGCACAUCAGGAGAGCUGUUACAGCAUUUCGUCAAAAGUAUUGCUUGUUAAACAAACUCCCAUAUGUACCAGAAUUAGAUGACCUAGAGUAAUGACACAAAUAUUUCUCAGAAUGUCACGACAACGAUUUCCAAGAGGAAUAUGAGAAUAUUUUAUGGUUUUUAGAUUUUUAUUUAGUUUUGUGGUAAGAAGACAAAAGCGACAAUUGUGAGAAUAUAGAGUUUGCGUUUUGGAAUCAUUUCCAUGUAAUGCAACACUGUUUUGACUUCUGGUUUAAUGUUCCUGUGAUGUUAGCUACUAAUUUGAAAUAAGCUCUGAUUUUCAAAUGCUAGCAAGCAGUGUGCACUGCUCAUACUUAUCGUUAUUUUGAAACUAGAUUUACUCAAUAUAUGUCAUUACUAUAAAUUUUACACAUACAUAUAUAUCCAGGUAAAUAAUCCUUUAUAGUAGGACACAUUGUAGAACAAAUAUUUUUGAUGUUUUGUAUUGUAUUGCUCUUCAAACAAAUAAACAUGCUACUUACUUUUAUUAGAUGGAUUAUUUAUAUAAGUUAUAUUAUGUUAAUUUUGAAAAAGUUGAUCUUAACCUUUCAAAAAAUUGAUCUUAACCUAUGUGAAUGAAACAAAACAUAGGCAAUCGGAAAAAAUCUACAAAACUUGCCAAGGAAAAUUAAGAAAUAUACUACACUUUUAACGUGUCAGUGCAUGCGAAGUAUGUUCUGAUAACAUUGUUAAAUGUUCAAAAUUUGUGCAAACUAUCAAAUUGCAUUAACUGUAUGUAAGAAUGUUUGGAACGCUUUAACAUGUAUUUUUGCUCCUAAUUGAUAUUCAUGUCAUUUAUAUUUUUAAAUAUUGUUUUGCAGGUCUUUAUUGUUGUUUUUGUAAAAAUAUAAUAAUGUAUUAUCCCAUUUGAGCAUAUAAUGCGGCUGUAAGUUUAAAAAUCACGGGAAAUAACAUUCAUUCGUACAACAUUCAAACAUCAAGUGUACCAUUCCAUUGCCGGUGAAUUGGAUUUAAGUGUACAAUUUUGUUGCUCAUUUCCUGUUUUACAUAAUGUAUCGUAAUCAGCAUAAACAUUUGCACAUAAACAUAGUUGGAAACAAAACACAUCAAGUUUUCAAAAGGAGGUAUUAUACAGAUGAUUUGUUUUUGUUUUUUUGUUUUUUGAUUUUUUGUAAACAUGUUUUAUUAUUAUUACAGCUGAUUCCUUCAAAACACAAUCGCCGUGAUAUAGCCUCGUUGUGCUGAUGCGGUGUAAAGCAAUCACCAAUCAAUCAAUUAAUCAAUCAAAACUCAAGUCGCUUAGCUAGGGUUCAUGAUAGUGAGUACAAUAUUGUUUAAUCUUUAUGCACAUUUUUUGUUUAGUUUCCAAAUACUUUUUAUGCAUAUCAUUUACAAUGAUAAAUUUAGAGGACUGCCAUACCAUUAUAAGGGUAAUACACAUAAAUAUUAACAUUACAUUCAAUGGUAAUAUACGUUUUGACAGAUAUUUGUGCUUUUGAUUGUUAUUCAUGUCAUCUAUAUUUUUAAAUAUUGUAUUGUUGUUUCUGUACAAAUAUAAUCAUCUAGUUUUCCAUUUGAGCAUUUUAUGCGGCUGUGAGUUUUAAAAUCACGAUAAACACUGUGAGUAAUAAAUCCGAUAUUUAAGACAAUAAAAAGCCAAGUAUUUACUUCUUUAUGGGAAAUAACAUUCAAACAUCAAUUGUACCUUUCCAUUGACAGUGAACUUGAUUAAAGUGUACCAUGUCCUUGCUCAUUUCUUGUUUUACAUAAUGUAUUGUAAUGUAAUAUAAUCAUCAAAAACGUUUACACAAAAACAUAGUUGCAACUACAAAAUUCAAGUCAUCAAAAGGAAGUUCUAUACAGAUGAAGUUUUGUUUUAUGUUAUUAAAACAUGCAUAAUUUUUGUAAUAGUUGAUUCCUUCAAACUCAAGUUGCCUAGCUAGGAUUCAGGAUAUUUAUUACUAGUACACUAUUGUUUUAUCUUUAUGUUUAUUUUUUAUUUAGUUUUGAAAUAAUCGUUACAAUUUAUUGACAAGGAUAAAUCUAGAGGACUUUCAUAGUAUGUAUUAUAAGGGUUUUACUGUAAAUGGUUUUAUACAAGAUAUUGCACUUCAAAAAUAUGAUUAAGUUAUAAAUAUAGCAGUACAAGUAUUUUGUCAAAUCAUCAAAUCAUCAAAUAAUAUUAAAAUUUGCUUUCCAUGUUA